AUUUCGUUCCCCGAGAUGCUUAGAAUAACUAAAUUAUUUGGGCUUACAAUCAAUUGAUGCCUCAGGCCAGAUACGCCACAGCAUUGUCAGCCACACAUUGAUAUCGUCACCUCUGAAGCUCCCCGCAUGGACAACUCUCCCAAAAUCAAAACACCAUGGCACGAAUAUCUACAGCAGGCGGAGCUGGAGCUCCCGACCAUACUUCCCUCAAUCUCACACGGAUUCUGGCUCGUCUAAACUCUAUACUCAUCACCUCAGACCAACAAACGGAGCAUCGACUAAAGGUUUCCGAGAUAGAGCGGGAGAAAGUUGGAACUGUAAGUGACCUCACAUUCGUAUUACUUUAAUUCUUGAGAUCAAAUGCUAAAUCACUACUCUCGCAGAACCUAAAAUAUGCAAGCUCAUUGCUUACACAACUCGAAAAAGAUGCGCAAAACAUAAAGAACUUGACCAAGAAGCAAGAGGCGCAAACCGAGCUGGUCCGGAAACGAGAGGUGCUGCUACGGCUGGAAGAGCGAUUGGAAGAGCUUAAUGACGUUAGUCUCUUGUAACAUAAUACAUGAUACUGAACUGACAUCCCCUACAGCUUGCACACCCAGAAGACGACGAUACCUCCGAAGGCGAAGAUCUCAUUGGGGAAGAUACCCCGUCUGAAGAAACAGACUCACACACAUACACAUCCCCUACGCCAUCGCCUUCUACCAACCACCCACCUGUACCUUCUAUAUCCGCUCCUUUCGAAACGAGCAAUCCCCCCCAAUUUGAAGAACCUACCUCCACAUUACGCUCCCGUACAAAUGCCUCCCAAAGAGAAGAACUAUUCAACCCCUCCCUCUCCACAGUCACCACGGGCAUCUCUCCCCGCACAUCCCACGCCCCCGUACCAACGACCACAAAAGAAAGCCUCCUAACUCACAACCGCACUGAGCAAGAAGCCCUCACCUCCUUACUCCUCUCCAUGGCAUCCGCGCUCAAAGAGUCUAGCAAAGCCUUCGCAGCAUCUCUAGACGACGAGAAAGAAAUCCUAGAUCACGCAGGGAAGGGAAUGGAUAAGAAUGAGGAAGCGUUGAAUGCUGCUAGCAAGAAGAUGGGGUUGUUACGUGGAAUGACGGAGGGGAAGGGGUGGUGGGGGAGGAUUAUGUUGUAUGCUUGGAUUGCGGGGCUGAUGGUUGCGGCUAUUUUGAUUGUUUUUGUGAUGCCCAAGUUAAGGUUUUGAUUAGGGCGUGGCUGGAAAAUCCGGAACGAUCGUUGUUAAGAAUGGUGUAGUGUAUAUGGGCGGACGGAGUUGGAGUUUAGAUCGCGUCCUUGGAUAGCGGGCGUUUGGGGGAUGUUCUUUGGUGGUUUAUUUUUAUUAGAUACCAUUGUCUUGUUCUAUUGAACACUUAUUCUUCAUGAGAGGUUCCUGCAUAGAAUGAUAUGUAUCUCAGAGUCUGUCAUAGCUAGCUGUCUCCAGAAAUGAUAUUCAACUAACGAA